AUGAAUUCUUUACCCAUCGAAAGUACGGAUAUAUUUAUACCUGAUCAUGUAUGGCCCGAUAUUUUAAAACAUAUAAGUCCGUUAAAGUUAUUUGUACUGCGUCGGACAUGUAAAUACUUCAAAGAUAUUAUUGAAGAAAUGUUUGAGAAAAACAGUACAUGGAAAGAUUUGUGUUUGAACAGUAGUAUAAAACCCUGGAUAUGGAAGAUCCAAGAAAAACUAUUUCCUUACGCAGAGAAGUACACUACAGAGAAAUUGGAUAAAACUUGGAAGGACGUUUUUUAUUCUUAUAAAUAUUGGCGAGCAUAUUCAAAACGUCGUUCUAAAUUCAUCACUCUUAAUCUUCGCAACAAUUCAGUGAAUUAUAAUUAUGUAAGAUGCAGUGACGCAUUUGGUAAUUAUUUUACAAUUGCUUCUGAUCGCGGAGUUGUAUUUUUAUUUAUAAUUAACGAUCAAGAGGAUGAUUUAUCUAACAGUAUAAAUCUACUGCAUACUUUCACUAAUAAUCACAAUGUGAUUUAUCGUCAAUUGAAAUUUUGGAAUGCAGAGGGGAAUAUAUUUUUAGCGGUAACAAGUCCUGCUGGUAAUUUAACUCUAUUCAAUAUUGAUUCACAAACAAUCCAUGAUAAUUUGCUCAUUAAUGCUUGGACAAGAUCACAAACACUAAGUCGAGGAACUGAUCACAAAUUGAUGAUUGGUUCAGCCAUUAAUGUAAUUUAUCAGUUAACAUGGAAUGAAACCCCUGAAAACGUAAAUAUUAAACCAAUAAACAUUGGGGAUGCGUAUGAAGAUCUUUGGUGGCCCGUCAAAAGUCUUUGUUGUCAAUAUGAAAAGACAACAAUCGCGCUCAAGUACCAAUCAACAUCAAGAGUAAGCUUUGAUAAUGGUGAUUUGAAAAUUACUAAAAGAAUGGAUCCGUAUUUCGAUCCACCUCCAAGAAAAAUCUACAUACCGAUUCCCGAAGUCGUAAUCUUUAAUGAAGGCCGGAGUCUAGUUGUAGUAGUACUGAACGAUUCCAAUCAAGUUCGUAUCAAACGUCAUUAUUUGUUGAAACAUAUCAAAAGUAAAAUUGUAUCGGUCGUCAUGCAUGUUAAUAUGUUGUUUUUGGGAACUUCAUCAGGAAAUAUUUAUUUAUUCGUGCUGAAAGAUAUUCAACAACUUGUGGAUGAAAAUCUAAAUCAAUUACCAAUCAUACAGGUUCUAUCAACUAGCAAUGAACCAAUUCUUACUUUAGACAUUACUGAAGUUAAGAAAGAGCCAUAUAUAAUUGCAUUUACUAAAUCUAAUUUACAUGUUGUAAAAAUAUGA